ACGUCAAUGAGAGAAUCAACAUUUUUCAAACCUGUUGGCACUGUCAAGUUUAUAAGCACAUACUGCGUCCGUAUCCCUUAAAACAAGGUUGCGCGCACAACCAAGUGCCUCCCUUUACCUUCUCAACAAGAUUAUGGAAUCAGUGGACGACUACGGCCUGCAGGUUUUUGGCAUGCUGCCUGCUUCCUUGCAAUCCAGGUUGCCUACAAUGCCCGCGCAGCUCAAAUUACUCAGAUCUAUGCAGUCUGCUGUUACGAGUGGCACGUCUCGUAAUGACCAACAACCACAACAAACACGCCGUUCAAGGUUUACGUCUAUAUUUGCCAGUGCAAGCAGCAGCAGCAGCAGUAACGUUGGUAGUUAUGCUGAUUCGACAGAUUCAUCCUCUUCCGAAUCCGCAUCAUCAACUUUCAGCCGCCACUCGGCAUCGACCUCACUAUCGUCCAUCAUGACAAGCGAGGAUCAUCAGGCGUACCCAGAAGACGCCAUGGAAGACCAAGAAGCACCGAGCAAUGUGCAUUACGAGCAACUGGCAAAUCAAUUCUUGCGAUAUGUGAAGGAGGUAGACACAAGACGGAAUCUGGACAAUCGGCGAUUGCUCGAACCGUCAUCGCGAAUGCAGCCAUAUGAUCGCAAACUCCCUACUCGCGAACCACGCCUGCCGCGUGAGUUCAACGGAAAUCCUCACGAUGCCGUCGAUCAGCGAUGGUCACCCUCCGGCAUUAAGUGGAGAUACGCACGCCAAGGUGCACAACUUGCAGCGGACGCAUCCAACGAGCGACAUGAUCCGUCUUUUGAACGUGAUGCCUACAUAGAUGCGGUCGCGUAUUAUUUGCGGGCUUGUCCAGAUCAGCUUGAUCAUGGUGAAACCCUCAAACUUCGCUGUGCAGCUCCUUGGCUUGCAGAGCAGCCGCAUCCAGCGCCACAAAUCGCCAUUGCCCGCCCCACGGAUAGGGGCAGGACGUUCCUGGCCGACACCGUGAAGUACGCCGUCGUCGUCUUUGUUAUAUACGCUCAUGUGCUCUGGAGUUUCCUGCUCUCAGCAUGUCGGAUUGGCGCUUACUUGGAGCGAGAGUACAGUAUAAUCCAAUGGCUUACAACGAACGGGUACGGAUUAGUAAACGCGGCUGUGAAACAUGGAGUUGUAUUCACCGCCUGGGUUAAUGCGAUGAACGAUGGCCGCUUCGGACAUGUUGUCUCCUGGACCAUGGACAGCGUUCUCAGUGGGAUAGAAGAUGGGUACGGGCAAGGUAUGGACCAUAUCCGGCAGCAGGAUACAAGAAAGGAACAGCCCAGAACAUGAAAAUCAUUUGGCCGCCAAUAACGCCAAAACUGCUCAUCCCCGUUAGGACAGAUCUAUAGCCAAUGGCCUUUCUCACAACCUGGACGCCUAUGCAUGGCAUGUUCCGGUCGAGCAUAUUGCCGGCACGGUUGCAUGACUUCUUACAUAAACUUGGAGGCAAUGUGGCGUUGAAUAGGGACGCAAAUCAUGAAAUUAGCAUCACUGGGCGUAUAGAAUUAUAGAUUUGGCUAGGAUAGCAUCAUACAGCGAAUAGAACAUUGCAUUUCGAUGGACA